AUGAAUGCCAAGACGAUGCUGGAGUAUUUCCAGGAUUCGGUGCCGCAUGUUACCUCCCUCGAGGAACCAGCUAUCAAGGGAAUCUUGGCGCGAAUCAACAUUAGCCAGUACGUAGAAGAAAUGAAGAGCUUCAGCAAGUCGAAGACGUGGCCUAUAGAUGUUGCGACCGUCUUUGGCCUGGAAGCGCUUGUUGAUUAUUACCAUGGUAAUAAGAUUCGAGACAUCUCCUCAAGAAUCGCCAGAGAAUAUGUCACGGUCAGAAUCGCGGUUGGCCAGUAUCUUCGAAGCGCCUUGUCCACUCGAGAGGUUCCCGACGAAGCUAUUGAGAUAUACCUCCAGGUUGCUUCGAACAUUGCUAGUCGAGAAGACCCCUCAAAGUGCUCUGAUGUCAAGUUGUCGCAAAAGUGUAUCACUUAUAUCGAUCUGAUUGAUGACGAGAAUCUUGCCGCCGAGAUUAUUGCAAAGCGUGGUAGACGUCCUUUCACGGUCAAAGCUGGUGAUACAAUGGAUAUUGCGAAGAAGGCAGGAAGUGGAUGGGGUGCACAGAUCCGGGCUGACAUUAUGGCAUGGGCAAUGGACCGUGUGAAUAACGGCGGAGACGAUAAGUUUGGUGCUGCUAUUUCCAGUCUCACCAAAGGCUUUGUCAAGGAGUUGCAGAAGGGAAACGGCUCAACAAUGCUCUGGAAUUUGGAUUGGAACGAUCACCAGGCCCGAGUCUUUUUCAACACUAUCAUUGAUGGGUUCACUACAUCUCUCAACGAGCAGGACUUGACCGGUAUUCAAUUCAGCAAGCUACCUGGUGACGAUAAUAUCAGAAAGUUUUGA